CUAUGUCCCACUCUGGUGUGAGCGACCUGCCUCUCGCAGGGAGAAGAGUGUAGAUGACCUGUCAGACAACAAGCUGCAACUCACCCUUCUGGUUUCCUCAGUCGCGUUUCCUCCAUGCCCCAUCUUUAACGCUGCGCCGCACCACGCCGUGCACACACACACACACACACACGCGGACAUGGAUGUGGACAGGACAGAUUCUCCGCCCGAGACCAGGAUCAACCUGGAGAGCCUUGAGCAGCAGCUGAGGUCCGAGCUGUGGGAGCAGCCGGGGGUGUACUCGGCCCCUGAGCCCGGGCCAGAGGAAGACGUGGCCCCGGAGGAGCAGAGUACGGGACAGGGGGAGGAGGACCCUGAAGGAGAACCCACGUCCACUCCAAGCAGUGUCCAGCCUCUGGUGAAAGACAGGGACCCUAAGGGAGUCAACAAAUGCCUUAAGGUCACCUUUGAGGACGUGAUUGCGGAGCCCCCGUCUGUGCGCAGCUUUGAUAAGGUCUGGCUGUGGAGCAACGCGCUGUUUGAGGUGUCCCGCCUCUGGUUCUACCGUCUCAUAUCUCUCCUGCUGGCCGUCCCCAUCUCACUGGUCGCUGGUAUCCUCUUCGCCAUCCUCAGCUGCCUGCAUAUAUGGCUGAUCAUGCCCUGUAUGCAGCUGGCGCUGAUCAACAUGCACUGGGUCAAGGUGGUGUGGGGGAGCGUGCUGGACAUCCUCAUCGCCCCCUUCUUCAGCAGCCUGGGAAAGUGCUGCGGAGCUAUCAACAUCCAUGUGGCUAAGGACUGAAGCUGUACACCACACACACACACACACACACACACACACACACACACUCACACACAUAAUUAUGUGACGUAAAAUAUAUUUAUCACAUGUCAUAAAUCAUGUAAUUAAAUGAGCUAGUUUCUUAAAUUGUCAAUCUAAGUGAGAAAUGACGGUGGCGUGCACAUCAAAGCCACAGGUAAUGCCAGGCUAAGCCUCAGUAGAUAAGAGCGGAUGAAAUGAUAUCGGUCAUCAUCUGCUGACUUAUUCAUGGACACUUUAAAGGCAAAAUGUGAUCAAAUGUCCAACAGAACUACUACACUUUGAGACCAUUCUUUUUGAACCACUGCAGAUAGGUAUGACUCUGUUAACUUUUUCACAUUUCUUGCCGUUUCAAGACACUGUGUUUGUGUAGCGCAAAAAGUGGUCUGGCGUUGGACAUAAAACUAGGGGAUGUCCUCUGGAGAAUGACUCGUCUGACCUCAAAGUGCAAAGACCCAUUAAAGAAAGUUUGUGAAAA